AUGCCGGUGCCCCCCGGGGAUGCGAGACGGAUGCGGGUGCCCCCAGGGAUGCCGGUGCCCCCCAGGGAUGAGUCCCGCUGGACCCACAUCCAGACCACGGCCGCCCAGAAGACCCUGCUGCUUGCGCAGAUCCGGAUGGCAGUGCUCAACCUCUUCCAGCUGGCCACCAAGCAGCUCAAGGUCCCGGCAGAUGUGGCCCUGGAGGACACGGAGGCCCAACUGGACACGGUGCUGCUCUGCAUGCAGGACCUGGCUGCCAUCCGUGCUGAGCUGUGCCCCAGGGAGCCCGCUGCCGCCAGCGAGCACCCACCACUGCCUCCGAGCCAGGAACAACCCCCUGCUCGGAGAGCAGCCGCCCGCACCGGGGCAGGGGAGAAGCUGCCUUGGCUCAUCCGGGCCAGGACUCCUAGGGAACGAACAGCCAGGGACGGAGGUGGCUCCCCGUCUCCAACGCACCUGGGAACCCCUCGAUGCUGAGAGGUGAUGCAGAUGGCAGUGGGACAGGCAGCUAUGGAGCACUGCGAUGGCACCCAUUGGAGUCAGGGCCUGGGAGGAAGAGAGCGCCCCGGGGCCAACCCUGGGAUGGCUGCACGGAGGCAGCAGGACCUGGGGCCGAGAGGAGGAAGGGGGAAGCUGUCACUCACGUUCAUGCUGUUGGUAUCGGCUAAAGCUGU